UGCUGAUGAGGACACCUCUGGAUCCUCCAGUUCCGUUGCGGCCGCGCUCUAAAAGUUAUCCUGACCUUGAUAUUUUUAAAGAGGCUCUUCAAAUUGGAGGAGAAGACGAUAACGAACAUGAAUCAGUUCCUGGGGAAAUCGUUGCUCGAGGCCCUAAGGCCCUCGAAGCUUACCAUCGAGCCAUCGAAGAAGGAAAAGCUAGUGUGAAAAGAGUGCCAAUCAUGUUCAUUGGGCAAGGUCAGUCGGGAAAAACAAGUUUAAAGAGAUCACUUAUAGGAGAGGAAUUCAAUCCAGAAGAAAGCAGUACUAUAGGCAUCGAAACAGAUCCUUCCUAUUGUAAAGUAUCAACGGAAGUUUGGAAAAUGGGAGAGGCAACCCACGAAAGAGAUUCAAGCAUGGAGCCAAUCUCUUUCGAAAAACACACAGCUCAAUACAUUGUUAACAGCCUCGAGAAAAACGAACGAAGAAAAAAACUCAAGCCUAGCCCAUCUCGUUGCGACAAUGUAUCUGAGAAGAAUGGAGGUCCAUCUUCCCUAAAUCAUAAUGGUGUGUCAUCCGGUGCACCAAAGGUUAAAGCCGUGCCAGAAGAAAUAGCAUCAUUAGUUACGAAGCUACUUCAAGUUGUGCGCGUUGACGAAGACAAAGACGAAAUCUUUUCAACUUUGUGGGAUUUUGGCGGGCAGUCAGUUUAUUAUUCUACCCACCCACUUUUUCUAACAAGAGGGGAAGUUUACCUUUUGGUUUAUAAUCUUAACCGAAAUCCAGAGGAGAAGUCUAUAUCCCGAGUGAAGCGAGGAUUAUUCAAAUCUAUCAAAGGCAUUCAUUGUGAGAAAAGUAAUUUGGAUUAUCUCGACUUUUGGAUGUCCUCGGUUUCUAGUUUGGCUCCAAACAGUGAGAAGCCUCACGAAACCCCUUCAACUUCCAUGCAACCAGAACUGCUGCAGCCCCCAGUU